AUGGAUCUUCAAGGCAACCCCAUCCCUUCCGGUCCCCGCAGCACCAAGGUCACCACCGACCCUCGUGCCUUUCAACAACCCAUUGAGGAGCCCUCAGGCCCUGUCCCCAAUGACUCUCUCGCUGCCGAGUCCGUGCGCGGAGGCGGCGCUUUCAGUGAGAACCGCGGUGCUCAACCCCAGGGCUACUCAUCUCAGCUAAAGAACCCCGGAUCUGCCUCUGAAACCCUCCCUUCUGCCCCGGUCGGUGGUCUCCGCGAAGACCGCGAUGCCCAGCAGAAGUAUCCCGAGGCUCUUGGAGGCCAGGGUAACUUUCCAGGCACUCACAUUAGUGGUUACGCCGGUGGCCCUACCGCUACCAAGAAGGAGAUGGGUAUCAACACCGGUAGCCAAGCCCCUGCCAGCGGUAGCAGCCGGUACAACGCUGGACAAGCUCCUUCUUACGUCGCCGAUGUCACCGACGGUUACCAGCAAAUUAAGCCUGAUGGCCGGAAUAUCCGUGAGGGUGGUUUCUCUUCCAACGACGCUAAGAAUGCUAGCUUCGAGGCUGAGAUUGGCUCUGACCAGGACCCUGGUCGUGCUGCUAUCAACAAAUUCCAGCGAACCAACGCUGAGAGCGGACCUGAUGCUGGCCGUCCUGACCAGAAGACUCUUAACACCAAUACUCCCUACGAUGUUUUACAGACUGACCAGCGCGCUUAA